AUGGAUAAGAGUAACAUACGCCUGAAGCACCUCACUGUGUACGUUCAUGAAAAGACAAAUGGCAUCCAGAUCAAGGGUUUAGAGGAAUCGGCACAACGCCAUACAGUCGAACACCUUGAUAUUUACACCAAGGGCAAUGUGACGCUGGAGGGUGAAAUGGGACGUGGCAUAUUGCUGCUUUUACUACUGUUUACAGGGCUCAGGACGCUAAAGAUGUUCAAGGAAUUGCCAAGCAGAAAGGAGGGCUACGAGCAUCGCAUCAUACCACACUUGCUCAGUCGAGCACCGCAUCUAGAGCACUUGGCGGUGCAAUUUAUGAAUAUCAGUCGUAUCACAGAGGAGAGUCUGACGAUACCAGAGCACAGCUUGAAGUACUUGGAACUAAAGCACUUUUACUGCAAUUCAGCCAAGCAAUUGCGAGCGUUUAGUCAGACGAUGAACCAGUACGUCUUUGGCAAAUGUCCUCAAUUGAUCAAAUUCGCCGCUGACCUGUGUCCGCCAAAAGACAGAAACACCAAGGAUCCGUUCAUUUGUGAGCUCAUCUUUGACUGCAAUCCGCAUCUCACAACAGUCAAGAUUAUGUACCAAAUUGGCGAGUCUAUAGUCCACAUUGUCUCACCACAUGGCCCUGUGCGAAGCCGAUGGUGCAAACAGGCCUUUUGCUACGAUAAGCUGAGGCCCAUCUGUGAGCCACCUAAGGGCAUAUGGUAUAUCUGCAUCUUGAUCCCUCAUUCCAUCCUAUUGAAUAAAAAGAAAGUGGCACUGUAA